AUGACCAUAUCACGUCCCAGAAGCAGCUUCAACACUUCUCCUGUAGCUAAGUCUCCUCUUUGCCCCCCUCUCUUCACCUCACCUCCUCCCUUGCUGUCUUAUUCCGUCUCUUUCACUGCUGCCAAACUUCACCUCUCCUCAUCUCCCAUCACAUGCCAUGACUUGCUUGGCGCAUGGUGGAGGUGGUCCAUGCUCGCCGCUGUGCUGCCGUGGGCCACUGUCGCCAUGCGCCUUCCCCGUUCCCCCCUCUCCACGAUUCAACCACUCUAUUUUCGCUGUGCUCCUUUUUCAAGUUUCUCAGGCGAACAGAGUGCAGGUGGCAGAGCCGCACAGCGCUGGCUGCAGCAGCAUGGUAGUCAACAUCAGUCAACAUCAGUCAACGCCAGUCAACGCCAGUCCUUGAAACCCACGCCCAUGCCAUCGCUGCCAUUAUGGGAAGCACUCAAGGAGCAUCACCAGUGUGUGGCGACUUGCAGAGUGGGGCGUUCCGUGUGCGGUGGUAUGCACAAGCCAGCAGCCAACCAAUCGCACGCCACAUGCAACCGACGGUGUGUGGAUGAUGGAGACGAGCCGUAUGGGGCGCUGCUGCUUGCUGCUGUCGCCCGGGAGGAGUUCUGCUGCCCUGCCUUGGGCGACUCCCUCUCUGCGUCCACGCUUCUCCUGGCGAACAGAGUGCAGGUGGCAGAGCCACACAGCGCUGGCUGCAGCAGCAUGGCAGUCAACAUCAGUCAACGCCAGUCCUCGAAACCCACGCCCAUGCCAUCGCUGCCAUUAUGGGAAGCACUCAAGGAGCAUCACCAGUGUGUGGCGACUUGCAGAGUGGGGCGUUCCGUGUGCGGUGGUAUGCACAAGCCAGCAGCCAACCAAUCGCACGCCACAUGCAACCGACGGUGUGUGGAUGAUGGAGACGAGCCGUAUGGGACGCUGCUGCUUGCUGCUGUCGCCCGGGAGGAUUUCUGCUGCCCUGCCUUGGGCGACUCCCUCUCUGCGUCCACGCUUCUCCUUCAUUUCCUUCUUUUCCUCGUCCUUUUACCUUGUCCUUAUGCCUUCUCCUUGUCUUCUCGCCCUCACAACGCCCCAGAGCAGCGGCGCCCCACCCUCACAACAGGGGGAGUGCACCCGCUCUGUCUAAGUCUCCCCUCCGCACCCCGUCCUCCCUUCUUUUCUCCUUCGCUAUCCCCAUCUGUCGCUUUCGCUCUGGACAAAUUUCACGAUGCAUCCAUCUUCUGGCGCAUGGUGGUGGUGGUCCAUGGUGCUAUGGCAGCAGAGCUCAUGCAGAGUGCAGUGUACAGCGGCGCCCCGCCCUCACAACAGGGGGAGUGCACCCGCUCUGUGUGCGACUUACACAGUGGGGCGUUCUGUGUGCGAUGUGUGCACAAGAUAGCAGCCAACCAAUCACACGCCACGUGCAUCUGGUCUGGUGGCGACGAUCUGCAUGGGACGCUGCUGCUUACUGCUGUCGCCCUCAAGGAUUUCUGCUGUCUUGGGCGACUCACUCUCUGCGUCCACGCUUCUCCUGUAGCUAAGUCUCCCCUCCGCACCCCGUCCUCCCUUCUUUUCUCCUUCGCUAUCCCCAUCUGUCGCUUUCGCUCUGGAAAAAUUUCACGAUGCAUCCAUCUUCUGGCGCAUGGUGGUGGUGGUCCAUGGUGCUAUGGCAGCAGAGCUCAUGCAGAGUGCAGUGUAGUGGGAGCGGUGGGAGAGAUUAGUGGAGAGGGAGUGCAUUCAUGCCAUGCGCGCGUCCCUCUCUACCCCAGUCCCCCCUCGCUGGCUCAGCUCGCCGCUUGCUCGCUCUUCACUGCUUCUGCUCUAUUGCCUUGCCACCUUGGCGUUCUUGCUGCUCCCAUUCGUUUCAAGGCGAACAGAGUGCAGGUGGCAGAGCCGCACAGCGCUGGCUGCAGCAGCAUGGCAGUCAACAUCAGUCAACGCCAGUCCUCGAAACCCACGCCCAUGCCAUCGCUGCCAUUAUGGGAAGCACUCAAGGAGCAUCACCCGUGUGUGGCGACUUGCAGAGUGGGGCGUUCCGUGUGCGGUGGUAUGCACAAGCCAGCAGCCAACCAAUCGCACGCCACAUGCAACCGACGGUGUGUGGAUGAUGGAGACGAGCCGUAUGGGACGCUGCUGCUUGCUGCUGUCGCCCGGGAGGAUUUCUGCUGCCCUGCCUUGAGCGACUCCCUCUCUGCGUCCACGCUUCUCCUUCCCCCCUCGCUGGCUCAGCUCGCCGCUGUACUGCCGUGGGCCACUGUCGCCAUGCGCCUUCCCCGUUCCCCCCCACCACGAUUCAACCACUCUAUUUUCGCUGUGCUCCCUUUUCAAGUUUCUCAGUGCUCGCUCUUCACUGCUUCUGCUCUAUUGCCUUGCCACCUUGGCGUUCUUGCUGCUCCCAUUCGUUUCAAGGCGAACAGAGUGCAGGUGGCAGAGCCGCACAGCGCUGGCUGCAGCAGCAUGGCAGUCAACAUCAGUCAACGCCAGUCAACGCCAGUCCUCGAAACCCACGCCCAUGCCAUCGCUGCCAUUAUGAUACCUCUUGCCUUUGCGUUGCCUGCUGCCCUUUUCCAAUUCUGCUUCAUUCCCGGUCUGGAAGCACUCAAGGAGCAUCACCAGUGUGUGGCGACUUGCAGAGUGGGGCGUUCCGUGUGCGGUGGUAUGCACAAGUCAGCAGCCAACCAAUCGCACGCCACAUGCAACCGACGGUGUGUGGAUGAUGGAGACGAGCCGUAUGGAAUGCUGCUGCUUGCUGCUGUCGCCCGGGAGGAUUUCUGCUGCCCUGCCUUGGGCGACUCCCUCUCUGCGUCCAUGCUUCUCCUGGCGAACAGAGUGCAGGUGGCAGAGCCGCACAGCGCUGGCUGCAGCAGCAUGGCAGUCAACAUCAGUCAACGCCAGUCCUCGAAACCCACGCCCAUGCCAUCGCUGCCAUUAUGGGAAGCACUCAAGGAGCAUCACCCGUGUGUGGCGACUUGCAGAGUGGGGCGUUCCGUGUGCGGUGGUAUGCACAAGCCAGCAGCCAACCAAUCGCACGCCACAUGCAACCGACGGUGUGUGGAUGAUGGAGACGAGCCGUAUGGGACGCUGCUGCUUGCUGCUGUCGCCCGGGAGGAUUUCUGCUGCCCUGCCUUGGGCAACUCCCUCUCUGCGUCCACGCUUCUCCUCAGCGGCGCCCCGCCCUCACAACAGGGGGAGUGCACCCGCUCUGUUUGCGACUUACACAGUGGGGCGUUCUGUGUGCGAUGUGUGCACAAGAUAGCAGCCAACCAAUCACACGCCACGUGCAUCUGGUCUGGUGGCGACGAUCUGCGUGGGACGCUGCUGCUUACUGCUGUCGCCCUCAAGGAUUUCUGCUGUCUUGGGCGACUCACUCUCUGCGUCCACGCUUCUCCUGUAGCUAAGUCUCCCCUCCGCACCCCGUCCUCCCUUCUUUUCUCCUUCGCUAUCCCCAUCUGUCGCUUUCGCUCUGGACAAAUUUCACGAUGCAUCCAUCUUCUGGCGCAUGGUGGUGGUGGUCCAUGUCCCCCCUCGCUGGCUCAGCUCGCUGCUGUACUGCCGUGGGCCACUGUCGCCAUGCGCCUUCCCCGUUCCCCCCCCUCCACGAUUCAACCACUCUAUUUUCGCUGUGCUCCUUUUUCAAGUUUCUCAGGCGAACAGAGUGCAGGUGGCAGAGCCGCACAGCGCUGGCUGCAGCAGCAUGGUAGUCAACAUCAGUCAACGCCAGUCCUUGAAACCCACGCCCAUGCCAUCGCUGACAUUCUGGGCGAGUGGGUGCAGGCAGCACAGCAGCACAGCGCUGCCUGCAGCAGCACGGCAGUGGGCAUCAGUCAACGCCAGUCAAUUCCAGUCCUCGACAACGCUGCCAUCGCUGCCGUUAUGAGCAGCGGCGCCCCGCCCUCACAACAAGGGGAGUGCACCCGCUCUGUUUGCGACUUACACAGUGGGGCGUUCUGUGUGCGAUGUGUGCACAAGAUAGCAGCCAACCAAUCGCACGCCACGUGCAUCUGGUCUGGUGGCGACGAUCUGCGUGGGACGCUGCUGCUUACUGCUGUCGCCCUCAAGGAUUUCUGCUGUCUUGGGCGACUCACUCUCUGCGUCCACGCUUCUCCUGUAGCUAAGUCUCCCCUCCGCACCCCGUCCUCCCUUCUUUUCUCCUUCGCUAUCCCCAUCUGUCGCUUUCGCUCUGGAAAAAUUUCACGAUGCAUCCAUCUUCUGGUGCAUGGUGGUGGUGGUCCAUGGUGCUAUGGCAGCAGAGCUCAUGCAGAGUGCAGUGUAGUGGGAGCGGUGGGAGAGAUUAGUGGAGAGGGAGUGCAUUCAUGCCAUGCGCGCGUCCCUCUCUACCCCAGUCCCCCCUCGCUGGCUCAGCUCGCCGCUGUACUGCCGUGGGCCACUGUCGCCAUGCGCCUUCCCCGUUCCCCCCCCUCCACGAUUCAACCACUCUAUUUUCGCUGUGCUCCUUUUUCAAGUUUCUCAGUGCUCGCUCUUCACUGCUUCUGCUCUAUUGCCACCUUCACUGUCGACAUGCGCCUACCCCAUCCCACCACGUCCCAAACCACCCUCGCAUGCUAG